AUGUCCGAACUUACUGAAAAGUCUACAGAGACUUCUGACUCCCACGAACAGACGAUUGUUCAGUUGACGGUGAAUCUUCCUGAAGAACCUGGAAACAUUAGCUUUCCUACUGCUUCCGAUGAGAACAUGGCUGAGAUCUCCCAGACUUUGAACGGCAUUCCAGCCACAAGACGUUAUACAUCAUUUGAUCUCGUCUUCAACGGUGAAAAGUUAUCUCCUUCGACACAAAUGUCUGAAAUUCUUGACCCUAGUUCUGAGGAGGCUGCUAUCACCUUAAAGGAGGCUCCCUACACUGAGAGAAGUGCCAGAGAUCAUGUAACCAAGGUUAGAGAGAUGGCAUCUUUGGAACUUCCUUCUUUCUACGGUUCUUUGUAUGAUUUUACCGGUGUAGCCGCUGGCUCUUCCACGUACGAGAGUUUGGAGUUGGAAGAGAUUAGAAAGGAAGAAGAAGAACCAAAACAAGAGAAAAAGGAGAAUUCAGAAGAGAAAAAGGCAGAUACUGAUCAAGAUACCGCUCCGAAGAAAGAAGCUCCUAGGGUUUCUGAUGAAGAGAAGGCUGCGAUUGACUCCCAUUUAGAGGAAAUUAUCAACGAAAAAGGUAAUGUAUCUGAAUUUGCAGCUUCUAGCACCCUCAGACUUUCUCCCUCUUUGAAGUCUUUAUAUAUCUCCGCGUGGACACCUGCCUCACAGCCGAGAAAACUCAAAGGUGACUUGUUCUACCUAUACUGCCGAACUUUGGAAGAUGAAACCUUCCAUAUUACUGCUCAUGUUAGUGGCUUCUUUGUCAACAGAUCAUCUGCUGAGAGAUUCGACGGUGAGAUGAGAACUUUCGGUUCUGCUAAGAGGAUCUCUAAUGCCCACUCGCUAUUCACUUUACUAAAGGCUCUAUCUCCCAAAUUUGGUGAGCAGUUGAAUGCUAACGAUGCCUAUAUCGCUCAAAACAUUGCAGAGACAUACAUGCUUCCAUCAAACUGUUUCCUCUCCAACCCAUGGUUAGUAAAGAAGACCGAGAAAAUACGCCCCGAUCUUGCUCGGAGUCAGGAAUCGUAUAUUCAUGGAGGGCUUGAUGGUGCUGAUCUACAAAAAGAUUGGAACGCAGAUUUCCAGGAGCUUAGAGAACUUGGAAAGACCAACAUUCAGGAGUCGAUUACUCGUGAGCAGUUACUGAAUGAAACUUCAUUCAACUUCACCGUUGCCGCUAUCAAAGGUGCUAUAGCUAUCGUUAACGGUGAAGUCACCCCUAUGAAUCCUGAAGAUGAGCCUUCCCAGUUCAUAUACUUGAGAAAUGGUAUUUUCUACUCUAAUCCCCUUGACUCUACUGGACAAUUUUCCAAAAGUGGUGGUGAUGAAGCUGCACGUGUUGCUGCCUUGCAUGACCUUGCAGGAAUUAAAUGCUUGAACAGAUUAGAUGUGGAAGGUGUGUCCCAUCUAAUGACUACCGUUAUCGAUUAUUACGGCCAUAGAAUUGUUUGUCAGACUCCUGUUCCAGGUAUUUUCAACAGUACUCCAGAGGCUGAGAAGAAAAUUGACUCGGAAGAUGCUUCUUCCAAUACUUCAGAUAUCGUAGCCUAUGGUGCUCUCAUUGAUGGGGAUAGGCUUGUUUACGAUGAUGAAAUUGCUAAGAAAUUUAUACCUAUUGGCGAAGCUUUCCACAUUGAGCCCCACAAAGUUUGGAACAAAGACGGUAAGCAGAGUAUUGAUGUGGUGACUUCUGCUCAGACCAAGGGCCUCAAAGGAAAGGAUGGUAGAAAAUACAUCAUUGAUUUAUACAGAACGACUCCUUUGGAUAUUGAGUUUAUUGAGAAGAACUAUGAUGCCUCCAACCCGGAGACAUCUUAUCCACAUAGAGAAACCACUUUAAGACACGAGGCUGUCGAGGAAUGGUGGCGUAGAAAAGUAUCCGCUGCUGUUAAGGAAAAAGCCGAUAAAGUUGAGGAAGAGAAUGCUGAGAGAAAGGCUGCUGGUGAAACUGUUGGUGAAAGUGACGAUAAAAAGCCUACCAUUGACAUCGAGACUGCCGCCUUCACUUUGAACCCAGAUGCUUUCUCAUUGACAAAAGCUCCUACCGACGAGUUGGCCAAGAAACAAACCGAGGACGAGAACCGUGUGAGGGAGGCUUCCAAGUUCAUUAAGGAUGUGUUGAUUCUAGAAUUCCUUGCGGAUAUGGAGAAGAACAAUGUUUACAUUCCUUUGGAUGGAAGCCACCUCGUUUCGAUGUUGCACAAACAAGGUAUCAAUGUUCGUUAUUUGGGUAUGAUUGCGAAAAUGGCCAAGGAAAGAAAGGGCGAGUAUCUCAAGAAGCAAGCAGCCGGAAGAGCAGAAAUAUCUAAGAUCAACGAGGUUGUUGCUGUUGAAGAGGAGAAAGCGGAAGCCAAGUUACGUGUUAAGGCUCAGGAAAGAGCCAAGAUUAUCCGAGAGGCCAUUACUAAGGGAGAGAAACCUUUGGAAGAGGAAGAAACAAAGGAGGAAAAGAAACAAAGAGAAGAAGAAGAGAAGACUUACACAGACCACGUGAAUACUGCGGAUGUCGCGGCCACCCUGGAUGCGUUGUUGACUGUUGCCAUUACUGAGAUGAUUGCCAGAGGUACUAAACACUACCUCAGAAAGCAACUGAACAGUGUUCCACUCUCACUAGUUCCUUAUGCAGUUUCUCAUGUUCAUAACUGCUUGUUGACUCCUAAGGGAGCUCCUUCACCCGAGGCUGCGGAAGUUGACAUCAUGCUAAGAGAAAUGUAUGACACGGCUUCUUUCCACAUUCUUCACGUUACCCCAGAAGAAGUUCGUGCCGCUGUGGCCAAGCAAGUUUUGCGUUGCUUCAGGUAUGAACUCCCAGAUGAUUGGCUUGAAUUGAUUAAAGCAUUGCCUUUGGUCAAGAGUAUUGCUGCUGGCUUUGGUAUUCAGUGGAAGAGCAGAGAUUACGCAUUCACCAAGAGUGCCUUGGAUUCUCAGAUUUCCUCUCAAAAGGCCGCAGCUGCCUGUGCUGCUGCCGAACAAGUUGCAGCAGACAGUGCAUCACAGAAGUCUUCCAAAAAGAAGUCCAAGAAGAGACACAACUCUCCUGCCGAGAAUUCGCCUUCUUCGGUCACUGUCAAAAUCUGCACCACCAUUUUCAGCCCGGAUGACAUCGUUGCCUUGGUUCCAAUCGUGAAGGAUGCCGUCUAUGAGUCGAUGACAGUGGAACAGAUCUGGGAAACUGGUAAGAAUCAGAUUGCCGCAGGUCACACGGAAGAAGGUAUUGAAUUCCUUAAUGAAGCUAUCAGCAUGUUUGAGCAGAUUUAUGGUAAUAUCCACCCAGAAACUGCUAGAGCGUAUGGCCAAUUGGCCGAGAUUUGCACUGGUUUGGAACUCCACUCCCAGGCUGUGAGACUUGCUAGAAAAUCAUAUAUGAUUCUUGAGAGAACCACUGGUAGCGACUCCUACGAAUCUGUGCUUGCAUUGAGCAAGCUAGGCAUGUAUGAGGCCUCCAACGGCCAGUACGUCGAUUCGUUGAAGAUUACUAAGCGUGUGUUAAACCACUGGCUUGUCUCUUGUGGGGAAGAUCAUCCAAGUGUUAUCACCACACUUUCCUCAAUUGCUGUGAUGAUGCAGAAACUUAAGCUUUCGGAAGAGGCCAUCAAAAUGUUCCGUAAGACCAUAAAAUUAAGCAACAAGACGCACGGAAAUGACAAUGUCAUUUCAGGAUUACUUAGAUUCCAACUUGCACAGUCUUUGAUUGCUGCAAACCAGUUACAGGAAGCUGCUGAUCAGUUUGAGAAAGCCUUUGAAAUUUUCGAGCCUACCGUUGGAUUGAAGGACGUCUCCACUCGGGAAGCCAGAAAAUGGGCUAAGGGUAUCCACAACUACCUUAGUAUUUCUAAGAAACAGGAGGCAUACCUUAAAGAAGUUCAGGCACAAAAAGCCAAGCAGGCCAAAAAGGGUAAGCAUGAAAAGAAGUUUAUUGAUUCUUCUGUGACGUCUGAUACUCAUGCGAAGCAUAAUAAAAAGAAGCAUUUGCAAAAGAACUGA